AUGCCUACCACUCUGCGUCUUCAUGGCUACGAAGCUACCGAUAUUCAUCGUUAUAUUGAGCUUCUAAUCCAUAAUCUUGUGAACAUCAAAGACACAACUGGUCGUUUUCUGCUCAAGCUUGACGAUGGCCGUAUCAUUGAUACAAAAGGAUGGAAUGACUGGGAAUGGACUCACGGCAUCGGUCUCUACGGCUUGUACCAAUACUACACUUUGACAGGCUCCGCAUCCGCAUUGUCGACAAUCCAACAAUGGUUCCAAGGUCGCCUCGCCGAAGGGACAACCAAAAACAUAAACACCAUGUCGCCCUUCCUGACACUAGCCUAUCUAUACGAAAAGAGUCGAGAUACCACACACGAAGCCUGGCUAGACUCUUGGGCAGAAUGGGCAAUGUACGACUUGCCGCGCACACCCUACGGCGGUUUCCAGCACAUAACAUACGCGAACGAGAAUCACUUUGAGCUCUGGGACGACACUCUCAUGAUGACUGUCAUGCCGCUCGCAAAGAUCGGUCUCUUGCUGAACCGCCCUCACUAUGUUGAAGAAGCAAAACACCAAUUCAUGCUCCACAUCAAAUACUUGUUCGACACAAAGACCGGUUUAUUCUUCCAUGGCUGGAAGUUUGACGAGACUAGCCCGGGCGGCGUGGGACACAACUUUGCAGAGGCUAGGUGGGCGAGAGGAAAUAGCUGGGUAACAAUAGUCAUUCCGGACUUCAUUGAAUUGUUGAACCUGCCGAAAGAUGAUGCGUUGAGAGUGCAUCUGAUCGACACUCUUGAGGCUCAAUGCAAAGCUCUUGCGAGACUACAGCGCGAAAACGGUAUGUGGUGCACACUGCUCGACAUUCCUACAAGCGAAGGCAGCUACGAAGAAGCUUCCGCAACAGCUGGGUUUGCCUACGGCAUGUUGAAAGCCGUACGGAAGCGUUACAUCAGCAAAGAAUACGAAGCAGUCGCACUUAAAGCUGUAAAGGCUGUCAUCGGAAGCAUUAGCGACGAUGGAGAACUUCAAAAUACAAGCUUUGGUACUGGUAUGGGAAGUGAUUUGCAGCACUACAAGGAUAUUCCAAUCACCAGUAUGCCCUAUGGACAAGCAAUGGCAAUGAUGAUGCUAGGUGAAUUCUUGAGGGUCUUUGUCUAG